AUAUGCCCCGUUAAGCAUCAGGGAUUUUAUUACUCUGCGAGAGAAGGGAAGAAUGCGUAUCAGGGAAUUCAUCACUGACUUAGAGUCAACCACUGACCUAGAGUCAACCACUGGCCUAGAGUCGACCACUGACCCAGAGUUGACCACUGGCCUAGAUUUGACCACUGACCUAGAGUCGACCACUGGCUUAGAGUCGACCACUGGCCUAGAGUCGACCACUGACCCAGAACUGACCACUGGCUUAGAGUCGACCGCUGACCCAGAGUCGACCACUGACCCAGAAUUGACCACUGGCCUAGAGUUAACCACUGACCCAGAGUCGACCACUGGCCUAGAGUCGACCACUGACCCAGAAUUGACCAUUGGCUUAGAGUCGACUGCUGACCCAGAGUCGACCACUGACCCAGAAUUGACCACUGGCUUAGAGUCGACUGCUGACCCAGAGUCGACCACUGGCCUACAGUUGGCCACUGGCAUAGAGUCAACUACUGACCCAGAGUCGACCAUUGACCCAGAGUCGACCACUGGCCUAGAGUCGACCACUGACCCAGAAUUGACCACUGGCUCAGAGUCAACCACUGACCCAGAGUCAACCACUGACCCAGAGUUGACCACUAGCCUAGAGUCGACCACUGACCCAGAAUUGACCACUGGCUUAGAGUCGACCACUGGCCUAGAGUUGACCACUGACCCAGAAAUGACCACUGUCUUAGAGUCGACCGCUGACCCAGAGUUGACCACUGGCCUAGAGUCGACCACUGACCCAGAAAUGACCACUGGCCUAGAGUCAACCACUGACCGAGAAGUCGACCUCUGA